AUGGGAAACAUUGAUCGUGCUUUUGAAUCAAUGUCACUGGAAGAAGAUGAAGUCCCUUUCGAUCUGCCUGAUCUACCACAGUUCAGUGCGAUAGAAAGAAAUAAGAUGAGUAUCUUGGGACGUACUCUAAACCCUGAGAAUCAAAACAUCGCUGAUCUGAUCAGGGACAUGCCAAGGAAGUGGCAGGUGUAUGGGAGAGUACAUGGGAUUGCUCUAUCGAAAACUACUUUUCAGUUUGUAUUCAAAUAUGAACACGACUUGGAGGAGGUGCUAAACAAGAGAGUCUGGACGUUCAACGACUGGAGUAUCGUCAUUGAUCGAUGGACUGAGACGCCAGAUGAGGAUUACCUAAAGUACCUUUUGGUUUGGGUUAGGAUUCGCAAUAUCCCGGUGAAUCACUAUACUGCAGAGGCCAUUACUGCGCUGGGAGAUAUCAUUGGGAGAGUAGAUGUGGUAGCUUUUGAUCCAGAUAAACCGCAGACUAAUGACUAUGUUCGUGUGAGGGUAUUUUUUGAUGUCUCAAGACCAGUGAGACGCUCCAAAGUGGUCAAUCUACCUAAAGGAGGCGGAUCAGUUACAAUCCUCUAUGACUUCGAGAGGAUUCAAAAGCGCUGCUACCAUUGCCAGCGUCUGACCCACGAAAAGGAUAAGUGCCCUAUACUUAUUCAGGAACGUCAAACGAAAGCGAAAGAAUGGAGGAAAAAAGUAACUGAGGAAAACCAGAGGAAAGAAGAAGGGAAACAGACGUUUAUGGUCACUAUUGAGAAAGACGAUCCUCUAUAUGGGGUCCUUAAUGAAGACCAAGUAGGGGUGGACAAAGCGACAGGACGGAGGAAGAUCAACCCCGAAGUCUUACAACAGAUGAGGGAGUAUAUUUUGGCGGCUGAAGGUGGUGAGAAACGCAUCAGACAGGAACGGGUCCGGAAAUCCGUCUCUGAUCUAGACAAUGAUCCUAUAGGUCAGAAGAAAUUCCUGCGCCUGGAAGCUCCACCGGUAAUAACUAAUGAUGUGGAUAAAGGGAAAGGCUUUGUUUUCAGCUACUCGAAACAAACAGAACCACACAAUAGUAAAAACAAUGACUCACGAGGCUCAAGCUCACGGGUGGAAGGAGACAACAUUGCUUUGGAUUGUGGUUCUGAUGAUGGGGGAGGAAAGGGAGGUCCAAAAGCUGGAGAAAAUGGAAAUCACUUUUUCUUUGACUGUUCAACGGGUUUUAGCAGCGGUUUCUCUGCUGCUAGCUCUUCCGGGACAACAAAGAUAAAAGUAUCUGGAAGACACAGACCUCCCAAAAAAUUCCGCAGACAAAAAGCUCAAACAAGUAAUGAGGUGGCUGCAAGAGGAGAGGACAGUCUACACGGGGCAUCGUUGGAUUCAAAGAGGAAGGCUGCAGAGGUGGCAGGGAAUUUUUCUAAAAUCGCAAGACGUAACAAAACAGAGGUGGUCCCAAGUGGGGGACUGCCAAACCAGUAA